GUCACUUCCCAUAUACGUGGCUUUUUACAAGGUUCUUGGCUAUAGCGGAUUGAUCGGCGAUCUCGUCACCAUGUCCGCAGCUGAAUCUUCCCUCGGAAAGCUCAUACACACUUCCUCUCUUGUUGAGGGUGUUAGGGUCAUUGCUUUCAAUCGUCCUCAGAAGCGGAAUGCCCUGUCUACAGAGCUCUUGAAUGAAUUUCUUGCUGAGCUGUCUGCGGCUUCCAAAGAUGCGGCAGUCAAAGUCAUUGUGCUGACUGGCACUGGGGGCUUUUUUUCAGCUGGAGCCGAUCUGCAGGAUAUCGCAGCGCUCGACGCGGUUGGCGCUAGAUCAUGUCGAUAUCUUGAGAACCUUUGCAACGGCAUGGCGGCAGUUCGGAAGCCUCUUCUGGCAGCUGUCGAAGGACCUGCACUUGGGGGUGGAUUCGAGGUUGCCCUUAUGUGCGAUAUGAUAUUUGCAUCUCAAACCAAAACAUAUUUUGCGCUGCCAGAAGUCAAACGAGGCCUGAUUCCCGGCGCCGGAGGCACUCAGCGUCUCACAGCCGCGCUCGGAAAAUUCAAGGCAAUGCGUACGAUUCUCUUGGGCAAACCCAUCUCUGCCGAGGAAGGACUUUCACAUGGCCUCGUCUGUGAACUCUUCGAAGACGGCACGGUGCUUGAAAAUACUGUCAAGGUGGCCGCCGAUCUAGCCGCCAAUGCGACCGAAGCCAUGCAGCUUGCCAAAGAAGCCAUCUGCCGUGCCGACAGCCUUGGGCGUGAUGACGAAUACGAGAGGACCCUCUACUACAUCACAAUGGGCACCGAAGAAAAGGUUAGGGGUGUCAACGGAUUCCUCAAGAAGAACUGAAGGAAUGGUGUCCUUUUGCCUCAUUCAGUAAAUGAGGCCUUUGAUGCCACAUCGGCCUAAAUGAGGAGAAGAAGAAAUUUCGUGAUCCAUGCCGUACACGCCGGGUGUAUGGCAAAUUGAGCCCUUUCAUUCCGUUAUCUCAGAAAUAUCUCUUUGUGAGAGCGGCUUCAUUCACGGUCAAUGGAUUGUUAUCUUUCAGGGAUGAUAUUUCGGCAUCAUAGAGAUGAAAAUCCAGAGUCACAUAUCCACUUGAAGUAACAUGUUAUCAUCA